UCACCAGACAACGGCACGUAACAUUCGGCCAGUAAAGAGACCGUCUCUGUUGCAGCCGUGUCAGUGUCCGCAAAAAUGUCAGAAACACAUCUGCAAGACUUGCAAUCAAUUCUCCGCUCGCAGUUGGGCGAUAAUACAAUUGUCGAGAGCUACAUCACCAAAGAUUUGCUCCCCCCGGGUGAAAAUUACGGGAGUAAACUCGUGAGUGUGCACGCGGUAAUAAAACGAAGCAAAAAUGAAAAGCCGGAGGAUUUGUAUUUAGUAGCAAAACUGCCUCCACUCACUGAAUUCCAACGAGACAUGUUCGACAGUCCUUUCACAUUUCGCAAGGAGAUCUUCAUGUACGCGGAGAUCCUACCAUUCUACCGCAAACUCGAGAUAAACAGUGGAGUGAUUGAGCAGGAGGCCCUCGACAUAAGUCCAAAGUACUACGGUUCAAGGCUGUCAAUGAAUCCUGACAUUGACUUUGACGAUGACGCAGCAAUUCUCCUGGAGAACUUGAAGGCGAAAGGGUUCUACUGCACAGAACGUCGACUUGGGUGUGACCUGGCUCACGCGAAAUUGGCGGUGAGAGCAAUAGCGAGGUUCCACGCCCUCGGGAUGGCGACCAAGGAGAAGGAUCCAGACUUCUUCGAGACCCUGAAGGCCCGGUCCAAGUGUCUAGAGAUGAAGAAUCCGGAUCAAUGGGAGAAAUUUCUCGGGCAGAGGAUCAAGAACAUCGAGGACGAUCCGGAGAUUGCGAAAUACCUUGAAUCUUGUGUCAAGACUGUUCGAGCGACUGAUCAGAGCGCUUGGACUACUCCUCCUGAUGAACCCUGGUCGACAAUCAUUCAUUCGGAUUUUUGGGCGAACAACAUACUGUUUCAUAAGAGUGCGGCCGGCGAGCCGGAUGACGUCAAGUUCAUUGAUUAUCAGAACUACCUGUUCCUCAGUCCUGCCAGGGAGUUGGCAUUCUUCAUCGGGUCGGGGCUGAAUCAUGAAACUGCUGGGAGUAUCGAUGAGCUCCUUGAUCUUUAUUAUGAUACGUUGAUCGAGAGGUUGAAGAUACUUGAUUGUGAUGUUGAACCUUACUCGCGGGAGUCUUUUGAUGAGGUUCUGAAGGUAGACAGUCGUGUGGAGUUCACCCACUGCUUGUUUAUGGUGAAGAUUCUCACGAUGGAUGUCAAUGCUGAUGAUCCGGAUGUUCAUGAUGUGAAGGAUUUGCUUGAGAGGGGGGAUUGCGGAGAAGCGUAUCGAAGCAGACUGAGGGAUUUUGUGAAUUCUUUUCAUGAGAGGGGGUGGCUACUACAGUGAUGUUAGUUCGUAGUUUAUGUAUUGAACAAUGGUGCUUAGAAAAUACGAAAAUAAAUAUUCUUUAUCUGAGUUACUUUUAUGAUA